AUGUCAGCAUCUGCGCGAGGAGGUGGCGACAUUAUUGAAAAACGAUCAUCUCAGAGAAUUUUUAUGCGACGUGCUGAAAACAAUUAUGGCCGACAUCGUGAUAAUGCAGAACCUUCAAAAGCAGGAGAAGGGCCCCCACGCUUGACGAUCAACAUAAUUUUCGUGAGAUUAAUGGUGAGACAUUUUAGCGGCAAAAAAGACAAAGGAAGUUCGGCCAACAUCAUCCAAUGGAGAGUGUUGGAGCAAGCCAAGCUCACCAGAAGUAUCAUUCCAGCCACAAAACGCAUUACCGGGUUCUACCUAGCAAGCGUGACAACCCGAGGAGAGAUCUUGCUGCCCGCAAAUGCUGAGGGGGUGAUGAAGACGACCCUUUUCGAGGUGGUAGACGACAAUAUGGGCUAUAAUAUUAUCCUGGAGAGGCCAUGGUUGCAUGAGAUGAAGGCUGUGCUAUCAAUAUAUCAUCAGUUUCUGAAAUUCCCAACUCCCGAAGAAAUUAAACAAAUAAGAGGUGACCUACCGACAGUAAGGGAGAUAAAUGCAAUCUCACUUUCCAGUGGCAAAGAAAAGGAGCAUGCGUCAUAG